AUAAAUCAAGGCAUCUUACAGCACGAUCCAGACCAUCAUGACUGGUGACUGAAUUAUUAUGGCCUUUUAUUUCAGGAAAGCAAUUUUUGUUACCUCAUAAAACAUCACCUUUCACAUGGCCUUAUAAAUAUUUCAUCACAGUUAAAAUUGGAGACGCUCAUUCAAAUUAUUAACGGAUGAACAGGCAAGUUAAAGGCAGAGGCCUCCUCUACAUCUGUAGACUGAUAUUGAGAUCCAGGUGCCGGUUUUAAAAAUGUAGAAUAUAUUUUGUGACACAACCCCAUUAAGGUGAUUGCCGGUGUGUUCUCAAAUAAAGAUAAGGCAAGAAGCAAGAAAAGAAGCUGCACCUAUGGAUCAGUUUGAUUCAGAUUUUUAUCAGUCUGAUUACGUUAUUGAAGACACCGAUCAAGGACUUUCUGUUACUGGGCAGAGUAACGUGUAUGGGGAGAAUAGAGCAAGAAAAGCGGAAUUUCUGCCAUCGGGAAUGAUUUUCUCUCCUCUGAGUCAAACAGGGUACGUGUAUGAAGAGCCAUCAUACCCAUCAUAUCAUUUCCAGACCAAUGACAGCUUUGAGGAUGAACCGCCGUUGCUAGAAGAACUGGGUGUUAAUUUUGAUCACAUAUGGCAGAAGACUUUAACAGUCCUGAACCCAUGGAAGCCAGCAGAUGGCAGUAUUAUGAAUGAAACUGACCUGACAGGCCCUACACUGUUUUGCUUUGCCCUUGGAUCCACACUUUUGCUGGCAGGAAAGAUUCAUUUUGGCUAUGUGUACACAAUGAGUAUACUUGGCUGCCUGGGAAUUCAUGCUUUAUUAAAUCUGAUGAGUAUCACAGAUGUCUCUCAUGGAUGUGUUGCCAGUGUCUUGGGUUACUGCCUUCUGCCUAUGGUGAUACUUUCCUGCUUUGCCAUUUUGUUUUCUCUACAGGGAAUCGCUGGUUCGGUCUUAGCUGCUGCUGUAAUUGGAUGGUGCAGUUUUUCAGCUUCGAAAAUAUUCAUCACUACCUUGGCAAUGGAAGGACAGCAGCUCCUAGUAGCAUAUCCUUGUGCCUUGCUUUAUGGACUUUUUGCUUUGCUAACUGUGUUUUAAAAAAAAGUAUGCUAUGCACUGGAGUAGGCUAGCACUACACUAUGUGGACUGUUAAUCUGAUGGUGUCGUAGACUUUAACUGGAAGCAUGCCCCGUUCUUUUUUACUAGAAGAAUACAAUGGGUUUUUGGGCUGAGUGUCUAAAGUUGCAGGACUAGUUUAGCUGAAUGUAAUGAUACCUUUCAAUUAGCGAUCCACUGUUUCUGGAGAAAUACUGUUUUUAAUCCACAUGCAAAUGAGCAGUUAAGUGCAGAGAGGGUGGGCCCAAGAAACUUUGGGCACCCUUGCUCCUUCAGCUUUCUCUGCCAGCCCAUCCCUCUCCUUCUUGAUUGACAGGGCCAGGUUCUUGCACAUCUCAUCUGACCCUGUUAAUCAGUAAGAAGAGAGAUGAAGGCAGAGGAGAAAGGGUGCACAGCGUGGCUUGGGCACGCCCUGGGUGCACUCAACUGCUCAUUAAAAGUACUUUUUCCUCCAGAAUGAAGCAAUGAAUCACUAAGUAAAAUGUAUCAUUACUUUCAGCUGAAUUAGCCCUACAAGACAUUGGAGGAGAUUUAUCAAAACUGGUGUAAAGUAGAACUGGCUUAGUUGCCCAUA